GCUCUGGGGCGAAUCUGUUUCCGUUAUGUUUUGGUACUAUUGGCAGUGAGCGUACUCAAAUAAAUUACAUAAACCAGUCUGCAAAUAAUAAUGUAUGAUUCAGUUUUAACGAGAAUAUGUAUCAGGUUGGUCUGGUCUUUAUUUUAGAACAGCGAAAGUAGCCGCCUGUCGUUCUGCUACACCAAGAUAAAACCUAAUUUAACUUUUCCCCGGUUCUGAUUAUAUAAAGUUCACUGGACACAUCAUACGAAAUGGCUUCAGUAAAUGACAGCAGUGAACCACUCCAGCUCAAGGUGACGACUAAAGAAGAAGAAGAGGAAGUGAAGAUUUGGGAAUAUGGUGAUGGGUUUCAAGAAGAGGAACCAGAGGUUCAAUCAAUGGAGCUAGUAGCCGGGAGUUCAACACUGGGGCUAAAUAUCAUAAUUAAAGAAGAGGAAGAAACUAGAGAAUCCGUUGAUCAUGAAGAGUCCCCUAACUCCUCACACCAAGUGGAGGCAUCUCCUUCAUCAACGAAGCACCAUCAGGAAGGGAGCAAAGGAAAGGGCCCUCCAUCACUGCCCACACUGUGAAAAGAGUUUCCCAUUCCCAUCUUUUCUUGAAAGACACCUGCGGAAUCACUCUGGAGAGAAACCUUACUCGUGCUCCAUCUGUGGGAAGCGCUUCCCUGCAUCACACCAUCUGACAGUGCAUCAAAGAGUGCACACUGGAGAGAAGCCUUACAGCUGCUCUGACUGUGGGAUGAGUUUCUCUCAACUGAAUGGUUUGAAAGGCCACCAGCGGACGCACACUGGAGAAAAGCCUUACUGCUGUGCCAUCUGUGGGAAGCGCUUCCCUGCAUCCCACCAUCUGACAGUGCAUCAAAGAGUGCACACUGGAGAGAAACCUUACAACUGCUCUGACUGUGGGAUGAGUUUCUCUCAACUGAGUGGCUUGAAAGGCCACCAGCGGACCCACACUGGAGAAAAGCCUCACCACUGUUCCACAUGUAGUAAGAGUUUCUCCUAUCUGAGAGACCUGCAACGUCAUCAGUUGAUUCACACAGGAGAAAAGCCCUAUUCCUGUAACGAUUGUGGGAAGGGUUUCACCUCACCUAGCCGUCUAACAGUUCAUAAGAGAGUGCACACAGGAGAAAAGCCAUAUCAAUGUUCAGAAUGUGGGGAGAGUUUCUCCUUUGUGGGUACCUUCAGACAUCACCAGCGUGUUCAUACAGGAGAGAAACCAUACUCCUGUCCUGACUGUGAGAAGUGCUUCACCUCUUCCAAUCAGCUGACUGUUCAUCAGAGGGUGCACACAGGAGAGAAACCUUUCUGCUGCUCUGAAUGUGGGGACUUUUUUUCUCAACAAAGUAACCUGAAAUCUCACCAACGAACACACAAGAGAGGCUUUACUCCUGCUCUGACUGCAGAGCGGAAAGGCCUCAUGACUGAAUAAAUUUCUUCAAAUCGUUCUUAGAAUCCAUUCAUGAGAACACAGAGGUCCUAGGGUAAUGAGAGACCUAAAGAUUAGCGUCAAAUGUCCUUAAUUGAAGAAGUGGUGUUUUCCAUAUACACUCACCUAAAGGAUUAUUAGGAACACCUGUUCAAUUUCUCAUUAAUGCAAUUAUCUAAUCA